AUGACAGAUGGUUUCUUUACCUGUCGAAAGAAUGUGCUUCUGGCGAAGAGCCCGUCCACCCAGAUAGAAGGCGUCUUUGCUGCGUCCAGAGGAAGAUUGGUCUCAGAAGAGCAAGAAGCCCUUCUCCAGCAGUGGUUGGAGGAAGGAGCAGGGAAUUUGCCAGCCAGUGAGAGUGUUCCAGCAGUGGGGAAAGUAUCAGUUACAAUCACUAGUGGCUGGUUAGAAGGUUCAGAGCUAUUGAUGACUAGCCUCAGAGAACUGAAUUCGUCUCCAGAAGCCACACCGUGUGCUGAUCAGCAGCUCUCAGAAGCAGCCUUGGCUUCUUCAGAACUGCAAGAUCAUGCAGUGGCUGAACAGGCAAGAUUAUCAGCAGAGGAAACAGUGACUGUAGCAGACAGUGCCCCUUGGGCAGCUGUGGUGCCACAGACAGAUCAGCAGAUAGCUGGCUGUGCUGGUAUCAACGCAGAAGUGCUGAAUGAUGACCCAGCUGUGCUGGCCUGGAGUUUAGCGUGUGAUGCAGAGACUGUGCCAGCAGAGCUCCCAGCCCAGCCCAUUCAGGAUGCAGUACCAUUUUGUCCUGUCCUGACAGAGGUGCCCUACCAUGAGAUUUUAUGGAGAGACUGGGAGGAUCUUUCUGUCCAGCCCUGUGUCCUAGGACAGGUCUCAAAAAACACUCCUCUCUUUGAAUUUCGAGUCAUGUCUUACAACAUCCUUGCCCAGGACCUGGUGGAACAGGGCCUUGAUCUCUAUGUACACUGUCAUCCAGAUAUCCUGAACUGGAACUACCGCCUUCCAAACCUUUUGCAAGAGAUCCAGCACUGGAAUCCUGAUGUUCUUUGUCUCCAGGAGGUACAAGAGAACCAUUACUGGGAGCAACUGGAACCAACAUUCAAGGAGAUGGGCUUUGCAUGCUUCUACAAACGGAGAACUGGGACGAAGACAGAUGGAUGUGCAGUGUGCUAUAAGCACAGCAGGUUUCAGCUGAUCAGCCUCAGCCCUGUAGAAUAUUUCCGUCCUGGCCUGGACAUCCUCAAUCGGGAUAAUGUGGGCUUGGUGCUGCUGCUACAGCCUGUGCUCCCAGAGGGCCUAGAUCUGAAGGCCAUCAGUCCUUUGUGUGUGGCCAACACUCAUGUGUUGUUCAAUCCACGCCGAGGAGAUAUCAAACUAGCCCAGGUGGCCUUGCUCCUAGCAGAGAUUGACAAAAUUGCAAGAACUACUGAAGGCAGCUACUAUCCUGUCAUCUUGUGUGGAGACCUGAACUCCGUACCUGAUUCUCCACUCUACAAAUUCAUCCGGAAUGGUGAACUUUCCUACCAUGGAAUGCCAGCCUGGAAGGUGUCUGGUCAGGAAGACUUUUCCCAACAGUUGUAUUCACGUAAACUGCUGGCCCCGCUGUGGCCAAGCUCACUGGGUGUGACAGACAACUGCCAGUAUGUCACCCAGUGCCAGCCAAAGAAACCGGGGAGACGUGAAUACAGCCGUGACUUCCUGCUACAGUUUCGUUUUUGUGAUGUUGCCUGUGAACGACCCCCGCACCUGGUGCUCUUGGAAGGUGUGACAGAUGUUAAACCAGACCGCCCUGCACACUGGCCCAAGCCUGCUGCCAUGGUGAAAGACCCUGAUCCCCAGCCAUUCAUCCCAAGGUGUUCAGGUGUUAUCCAGCAUGGCCUCAACCUGACCUCUGUCUACAGCCACUUCCUGCCACAGAGGGGACGCCCAGAGGUCACAACAAUGCCCAUGGGGCUUGGAGCCACUGUUGAUUACAUUUUCUACUCAGCAGAGCCUGUGGAAAACAGGGCAGGUCGCAGGCUAUACAAGGAUGGAGCCCUGAAGCUGCUUGGCCGCCUUUCCCUGCUCUCUGAAGAUGUCCUGUUGAUGGCAAAUGGCUUACCAAAUCCUUUUUGUUCAUCUGAUCAUCUCUGCCUGCUGGCUAGCUUUGGCUUGGAGAUUUCCAGCCUGAGAGAGAGUUAGUGUUGGUUCCCUUUCCCUAAAGAAAGGCUGUUCUGAAUACAGCAGUUGACACUCUGGAUUGCAGAACCUGCUUGCAAGAAAACUCUUCCUUAUCAUGCCCUAAAAGUCUCUUCCUCCCCUCACACCCUCACUAAAAGCAGGGAUGGGAGAGUUGGAGUGCUUUUUGCAUUGGUGUUUUCUGGAUCUCUGCGACCCUGAGCUGUCUUCCCAGUGGGCUUCCAGUUGUAUUCAGGCAUUACCAUCUCUUAAAGGGAUCCUUGUUCCACUGCUUUGUUUAGCAGGUGUUUUUGUGCUGCGGGAACCAACAUAACUCUCAUGUUUAUUUGUCCCUGUGUGAGAUCUUCAAGGAGCUGGAAAAGAGAAGGGCAGUGCUAUCCACUUCUAGUUCGUUAAUUGCUACCAAGGAGCAUGGGAUGUAUACACCAAUAUUCUUUUACACCAAAACAAUAGUUCUUUUAAUUUCUCAGUGGUAGUUUAUGAAGUAUGGUCGUUUCAGGGCUAGUUGUUUUGUUGCCUUUUAGAAUGUUGGAUCUGCUAACUGCUUAGAAAUGUCUUUUACUUAAUAAUGUGUAAAGGCUGCCUUGCUGACAGAAGGGUUUGUGUGGUAUAACAGUUUCUACAAGAAACUGCUUGCUGUGACUAAUGGACCAGGGAAUGGGAUUGCCAGGAAGGGAGCCAGGGGUUCUACAGAGCCACCCACAGCAGCUCUAGAAUGGCAGCAAAAGGCUAGAGGCCUUGGGGAAGACUCCAUUCCUUUCUAUAGCAGUCUCAGAAUUGUACCUAGUUUGGCAGUUGUAGGAAAAAUAUUUAGGAUCCUCCCAGUGAAUAUCCAUUGGAAAAAAAUCACCCUGUAAGG